CUUACCUCUUCCUUUUUAAAACAGUACUUAACCAGGCGCAUCCCUCAGAAUCCCAGAUACCAACAUAUAAAAACCCGCCUCGAUACCGGACACAGUUUAACGAAAUACACUGAGAAGUUGGAAGAGAUCAAAAGAAAUUACAGAUACAGAAAGGACGAGCUGUUUAAAAGACUGAAAGUAACAACUUUUGCCCAGUUGGUCAUCCAGGUUGCCUCUCUAUCUGAUGAAACCUUAGAAGUGACAAAUGAGGAGAUCCACAAGCUGGAAGAUGGUGAUUCUGCUGCUCCAGAUGUGGAUGCUGAACUCACGGCAGGGACAAACGGGAAGGGAAGGCCCGAUGGGACGCCCAGUCCGGUCCUGUUCAUAAACAACACAGGGGCUGGGGAAUCCUAUCGGUCCACGCUGCAGAGCGUGAUAAGUGGUGUUGGUGAACUGGAUAUAGAAAAAGACACUCCAAAGAAAGUGAACGCUCUGGCUAAAGACAUGCCUUAUCCCGACUGUCCCUUCCUGCUUUUGGACGUACGAGACCGAGAUGCAUACGACCAAUGUCACAUUGUUGGAGCUUAUUCCUACCCUAUUGCAACACUCUCCAGAACCAUGAACCCAUAUACAAAUAGUAUUCUGGAAUAUAAAAAUGCACAUGGGAAAAUUAUUAUUUUGUACGACAAUGAUGAGCGGUUGGCCAGCCAGGCUGCGACAACCAUGUGCGAGAGGGGCUUUGAGAACUUGUUCAUGUUAUCUGGAGGCCUGAAGGUCCUUGCACAGAAGAUCCCAGAAGGACUGAUCACCGGCUCACUCCCUGUGUCCUGCCAGGUGGCAGCUCCCACUGGAUCUGCUCGAAAAAAGCCCUCUCCCAAAGUGCCACCCACAUGUGCUGAGAAUAAAUGGAGAUUUUCUGCAGAUGAUCUACAAAAGAUAAAGUACUACCUGGAAGAGGAGCACAUUCCUUCAGACACUGCCAGCCGUCUUAGCCAUGGUUCUUCAGGCCGCGAUUCCAAGGCAACAGCCAUAAGGAGCAGCCCCAGUCUCUCCAGCACCGCUGCCAACAUGGGAUCCCUCACCACCCGCUCGCUCAGCAGGAGCAGCCUCCAGAACAGGCCAUGGAAAUAAGCAGCGGUGUCUUCUUCCACUGAAUAAAGGAAUGUCCAGGUUCUGGGAACCUUGAGCAGUGCAGCCGGUUUGUCGUUUUAGGAAUCUGCAGAGAAAAGCAGCGGUGGUUUAUAAAUGGCAGCUCGGGUAAGGCUGGGGGAGCUGGAAUGGCUGACGUUUCAUAGAAGCAGGAGCGGUAUCGCUUUGGUAAGGCUGACUUUUAGGUGCAGAGUCAGGACAGAGUGGAUGUAACUGAUUUUGUAGGGGAGGGAAGAAACCGGUAGCAAAGCCUGUGACCAGUAGAAACGGUUCUGCCAAGCUUCUAGUUCAGACAAAUGAAUUUGUGUCUGUAACAAAUGCUCCCUCUCUGAUGUGCCUGGAACCUGCAGACUGUGCGAACAGAACACACGUGAAGGUAAAUGGGCCAGAAAUCAUCUAUGAGCGAAAACCUCGGUGUUUUGUAGCAGAGAUACAGACAUUCAGCAACUUGCCAAAAUGUUGGAGAGAGGAUUCCAUAAUUUUUUUGUUAAUUUAUGUUAAUGAACAGAAGUAUUUGUAAUAAAGUUGGUUUUGCAAAUCAUGCCCAGCACGGUACUGUAACCUGACAGUCAUGUUUACUCAUGGACAGUUUGUGAAACAGUUCUGUAUUUUUAAAGGUGAGCUGGAGGAGAAAAUAGCCAUGUUUUCCCUCCUUUCUCCCUUAGUGUCUGGAAGGUUUGGCUUCUAACUGUGCUUUUUCUGCUUUGUUCUUGCUGUUGUUACAGAGAGCUACUGUCUGGUGGGUUUGGUUCUAAAUGAGAGAGUAAGGCUGCUAGGGUUUUAGCUGACAUAUCUUAGGGCAAAACCAUCUGCUGUGCCCCUCUUGGUGUCUUCUUAGUUUCACUGUUCAACGGUGGUUUGCUCCUUUUCUGACUUGCCAGAGCAGGUUGCUGGUCACUGGAGCUGCAGAAGAGUGCGACGUAGGUGGAGGAGCCAGCCCCUCCUCUGCUGACCAGGCUGACUUCCCUACCCAUCGUACAGGCGCCUGCGAGUCGAGGUUAGGAGGCAGAACGUCAUUUUGCUUCAUAAAAUGCUUUUGUGAUACCUAGAGGCAAACUGUAUUCUUCAGCAGAGCGGCAAAGAGCUCUGCAGUUCCAGUGCCUGACAGAGGCUGGCAUUUUAUUCCCCAUUACACCUUUUCCAGUCGUUUUGGAGUAGCUUCUUUUAAGGUUAAGGUGGCUGAAGGGAAAUUUUCUUCUGCCCUCUCACCAGGCUCCCUAAAACCUAGCAGGGACCAUGAAUCUGGUAACGAAACAGAGCGUGAAGAUUUCAUAGAUAACGAGUAUCGCAGCUUUCAUCAAAUCGGCGCUUGCACCAUACCAGUAUUGGCUGGGUGACCUAGAAAUCAUCCGAAACUACCCAGUGACAGAGCAGAGUUGCCUACUGGAGAUGUCGUAGGUGGUUACAGAGAGAUCCUGCUCUCUAGCCUUCACCUGUGGUAUGGCUCAGCUUGAUCCAGCUUUGGCUUCUUGAUCUUGUGUUUUUCACGCAUGGCUUUUUGGGUUUUGAUGGGGCUUCCCCCCCCCUUUUUUGAAGUAAACAAGUAAUCUCCAACAGACCCCAAAAUUCACCAGUGGUCCAGAUCACCAGGGGCUAAUUCUGGUGAAAGGGCAAGGUGAGAGAAAUUGCACAUCGCUUCCAGUCGGGCAGUUUAAGACUCAACAUCCCUGAGCCCGUUUAUUAUGUUUAUUGUGUUUCCACCAGCCUUAAAUCAGAGGAGCGCUGAUACAGCGACGUUCUGCUGAGAGCCGUAACCCCAGUCCUCUCCAGAGAAGAGCGAGGUGAUCGGCACAAACCUCCACUGCUGUGUAGGGAUCCCUGCAGGGAGAAUAAGGCAAGAAAUGGAGGAGCAGAGGGCAGAGCCAGCAUUUCAAAUGUACUGCACAAAGCACUUCAAAGAGCCGCAUGCCCCUCUGUGUUCACAUACACAUCGAUUAUUUUUAUCUGUAACAAAAUGUGACUACGGGGGGGGGUAACUUAAAGCUCCCAGCUUCCCAAAGAAGGCCUUGAACACUUAAAGUUGUACAAACCAGCUCUAAUUUGUACAAACUCAUCCGUUGAGGAUUGCACGUGUCCUGGGAGUGUGCAUACAUAUGCACUGUAAGAGUUGGGCUGGUCAGGUAUGAAGAUCAAAACCCAAAAGACCUUAUUUCAGCCCAUCCCUAGGGAGCUGGAUGCAUCUCGCCAUCUUACUGACUGCUCUGCUCUCCUACUUGAUCGCGCUUCUGGAAGACUUCUGGUUGGUUUAGCUGUAGGCAUGUUUAUUUUGAAUAUGAAGUAGCUUGCCUGUGGAACUGCAGCAUUGCUUCUUGAGAGAAAAGUGUUUAUUUAAAUGGCCUGAGCCCAAAGCAGGGGCUGCAGGGACCUGGUUCUUGUCCGCCCUCUCCUUCACUCGCAGCCUUGGGAAGCUGGCUCACCUCUUGGGGCUUCAGUUACGGAGUGGCCAUGCUAUUAGGUGGCCUAAUAAAAUAAAAAAAAGCUAAAUAAAGAUGUCAAAGGACUUUGGUACUGAAGCCACGUUUAGUUUUGACUGUGUAACGUGGCUCACGCAUCUGUGUGGUCUGAUCCUGAUGUCCUGAGUCUGCUGCUUCUUCCUCUUCUUCCCUUUUUAUGUCAUUGUGAAAUAAAAACGCCAGCUCCUGCAUAAUUCACUUGGUAGCUUGCCUGGGCUGGCUGGCUGAAAAAUGAUACUACCUGAUCCAUUUAGCUGAAUGUGUGCAGGAGAGGUGAGAACCAUUUAUUAUGUGCUUGAAAGAUGGACCGGUAUAGCACGCAGGGUCCUGCCAGUGUGUGAGUAGAUGAGCUUUCAGCUCUGUGAGCGCUUGGAAGUGUAUAAAAUACAUCCGUCUGAAAAUGGAGAUGAGAGGAGUGGUCACUGUGUUGGCUUAAAAUCCUGAUUUUUAUUAUCCAGCUGUGGGAGACAGAUCCAAAAUCCCUGACUGCUCUGGGCCGCAUGAAAACCUCCUGUAACGGAUGGACAAAACUAGCCCAAGCUCUUCGAGAUCCUCCAAAUCCAGGGCAUC